UUAUGAACAAUCUCGCGCGUUCCGAGCUAAACUUGGCGCCACGGAUUUAGCAGGAGGAGAAAGGAGUAGCGUGGUAUCAAGCAGGCAUAUUUGGAAACAUAUUUAGGUGUUUGCUGAAGUCACAUAUAAAUAAAUCAUAUUUCGUUGUAAAAUAUGAGUGUCAAGCUAACAGAAGGAGCCAUUGAGGCUUUCACAAAAGGCUCAGAGGUACCCCCUAAUCCACUGCUGCAAGUAGUGAAUGUCCGUAAGAUUGAUGGGGGCAGCGGACCAGCCAGGUUCCGGCUAAUGAUGAGCGACGGGCUCUACACCAUGUCCUCAUUCAUGCUGUCCACAUCGCUGAACAGCAUGGCUGAGCAGAACACCAUGGCCCCCAACUGCAUCUGCUUGGUGAAGAAGAAUGUGACCAACACGCUGAAGGAUGGGAGACGUGUGGUGAUCAUCUUGGACAUGGAGGUGGUGAAGUCAGCAGAGGAAGUGGGGGGGAAGAUUGGUGAGCCCACCCCUUAUGUGGAAGGCCAAUCGAAGACCACAGCGCCCCCUGCUCCCGUGGCCCAACCAUUGCAGCCCCGGAACAUGAGUGAUGCUCUGCAGAGCGGGAGGACGGCCCAGCAGAACGUUCCGGGCUCGUCUAAGCCGACCGGAAGACGGCCAGCUGUGGCGGUCUCCUUGGGGACCGCCCCUGGGAACAGAGGUCCCAGCAGAGAUUUUGGGAGGAAAGCCAUGCCCAACCUCCCCAGCACCCCCGGAGGGGCCUCUAAGGUUGUGCCCAUUGCCAGCCUGAACCCCUAUCAGUCCAAGUGGACCAUCCGCGCUCGCAUCACCAACAAGAGCGGCAUUCGCACCUGGAGCAACUCUCGCGGCGACGGCAAGCUGUUUUCCAUGGAGAUCGUGGAUGAGACGGGUGAGAUCAGAGUGACCGCUUUUAACCAGGAAGUGGACAAAUUCUUCAGCCUCAUCGAGGCGGGCAAGGUGUACUACAUCUCCAAAGGCACCCUUAAGAUCGCCAACAAGCAGUACACGUCCGUGAAGAACGACUACGAAAUGACCAUGAACGGCGAGACCACCGUCAUCCCCUGCGACGACGCCCAGGACGUUCCCAUGGUGCAGUGCGACUUCGUCUCCAUCGCCGACCUCGAGACGCGCGACAAGGACGCCAUCCUCGAUGUGAUCGGGGUGUGCAAGAGCGUGGACGAGGUCUCCAAGAUCACCACCAAGAACAACCGCGAGGUCUCCAAGCGCGCCAUCAACCUCAUGGACGCCUCCGGGAAGAUGGUGACGGUCACGCUGUGGGGCGACGAGGCAGAGAAGUUUGACGGGUCAGGGCAGCCCGUCCUGGCCAUUAAAGGGGCGCGGCUGUCCGAUUUUGGAGGGCGGUCCCUCUCCGCUCUCUUCAGCAGCACCGUGAUGAUCAACCCAGACAUCCCUGAGGCCUACAAGCUCCGAGGCUGGUACGAUAAGGAGGGCCACGCUCUGGAUGGCCAAUCGGUGACUGAGAUGAAGGGAGGUGGAGGAGGAGGAGGAGGGAACUCCAACUGGAAGAUGCUGAGCGACGUGAAGUCCGAGCACCUGGGGCAUGGAGAGAAGGCUGAUUACUUCAGUGCCGUGGCCACCAUCGUGUACCUGCGUAAGGAGAACUGCCUGUACCAGGCCUGCCCCACACAGGACUGCAACAAGAAGGUGGUGGACCAGCACAACGGCAUGUUCCGCUGCGAGAAGUGUGAUCGCGAAUUCCCCAACUUCAAGUACCGCCUCAUCCUCUCUGCCAACAUCGCUGACUGUGGGGAUAACCAGUGGGUGACCUGCUUCCAGGAGAGCGCUGAGGCCAUCCUGGGCCAGGACGCAGACUACCUGGGCAAGCUGAGGGAGUCGAGUGAAGCAUCCUUUGACGAAGUCUUCCAACAAGCCAACUUCAACACGUACAACUUCCGCAUCAGAGUCAAGCUGGAAACCUACAACGACGAGUCCCGGAUCAAAGGCACCGUGAUGGAUGUCCAUCCCGUGGACCACCGGGAGUACAGCCGGCGGCUCAUCAGCAGCAUCAGGAAGCUGGAGGCCCAGUAGAGCCCAGCCCGCGCUUCCAGAACCUUCCGCCGAGUCCGGGGAGGGGCCCCACAGAUACAACGCAGCGCUUCGUAACAGUGGCCUAUUUCAGUCUGACAUAUUUGCUUUUUUUUUUUUUUUUCAGGUUACUUAGAAAUGUACAUAUGUAUUUCUUUUUUAAUGUGAAGGUUUAAUUUCCCCAGGCUUGUGUGAUAUGGUGGAAUGGGUUGGCAGUAGAGAGAUGGGGCUGUAGUGUGUAUUUCAGGUGUCCCCAUGUUUUCCUCAUCACCAGUGAUGGCGCCUCAUCGGUGGCUCUGGUCCCCCCCCCCCCCUCAUUCUCCCUCUCCAACACUUGCACACAGCCAGUAUGUUUAGCCAAAGUUUCAUUUCAGACAAAUGUGUUGGCUAGCAAUUAAUAAUUAGUAUCUUCCUCAGAAUGGUAAUUUUAUUAUCUCGUCUGCUAGCUAGCAAAUCACUGUGAAGUCAAAUGUGUACCGUAAGCGUGGUAUCAGUGUUGGGGGUUUUUUGGGGAGGUGGGGGGCGGCUACUGCGGAUCACUCCCAACUCUCUCAUUGGGCUUCAUCAGAAGGGGCCUGCGCUCUCUUCCCCCAUAUCUCCAUACGCACCUGAAUCCUUUUUAUGUACAUUAGAAACAUUUGAAUAUGCUUUUCUGUACCUCAUCCUCAAGUGUAGACAAGUUCACAAAAAUGUGUAAUAAUAAUAAUAAAUAAGUUUAAAAAAAUAAAAUAAAA